UCAAUACAAUACAUAUAUACUGAAAAAAUCAUGAUCGAAAGAUGGGAAAUAUUCACAAAAACAGCCUGAGAAAUUGUUGAAACGGAACGAUGUUGGGUUGGUUCAGAAACCGCAAGAAUUUGGGCUUACAAUAUACCAAGGAUAAGCCGCCGGAACAUUCGCGCUGCGACCUCUGCUAUCAUGACUUCCACUUUCCAUGCCGGACUAACUGUGGCCAUUGGCUUUGCGGCACCUGCGUUCUUCGAUUUUCGAGACUCAUUGAUGAUUUCCGAAAGUUCAAGUGUCCUAGGGUUAUGUGUGAAUCCCAGGUAUAUAAUCUUGUUCCCCAUUCACCUCUAAUGAUUCAGCCAGGAAAAGAAGUUGCUGAGGUCCUCGGAGAGAUCCUGCUAUUUAAUCGUGAACAUAAGAAACAGGUUGAUCUGCUCCAGUGCAUGAAAGGAAUCUUGUACUACUUGAUAUUUGACAAUAUGCAGUUAUCUUAUCUGCUGAUACAAACUGCCUACGCAAUAUAUGACUUCCGUUUUUGGCCAACUGAAGGGACUGAAUUCCGAGUAGUUCAAAUGCUGAGAUGUGCCCUGUUUGCACUUUUUAUUUGGUUGAAUAUUUGGAUGGAUAGGCGACUAAGGAGAUAGAAAUUGAGGCAUUUGGCGGAAUAGAAUGGAGAUCGAUAAUGGACAGGAAAAUGUGUUUUUGAGCAAGCUCUAGCUACUUCAUUGAAGCUCUCUUGAUCUUUCCUUUCAUCUGUAUUGAUCAAUUUCGACUGUUUGCAGCUUCUUAAUUGAUAGUGUGAUAUGGGUUAGUUUAGUUAGUUGUAAGUUACUCAACUAUUUCACACUAUAUACUUGCAAUUAAUUCGAAAUAUUUUAUUAGCUCAUAA